AUGUCGGACAAGUCCUCCGAGGGUGACCAGGGAAGUGUUGGGGAGAAGCCAAAUGAAACGGCCAAAUUCGAGUCGAAAUCGCCAGAUCCUGUCAUUAACGAGGAGGACGAAUACUCGGAUGUAAUUGACGAGCCGCCGGCCAGGAAGCGCAGAAAGACGACGAAGAAGGAGCCUGGUAAAAAGGCCCCCAAGGCCUCUAAGCCGUCCAAAUCCGCGGCAGAAGCCUCCGACCCCCUAGAAGCCGAAGUCAAGAAGCUGCAGGGCCAGCUCAAAAAGUGCGGCGUGCGCAAACUCUGGCACCAUGAACUCAAGGAUUGCGACGACGCGCGGGACAAGAUCCGGCACCUCAAGAAGAUGCUCGCCGACGUCGGCAUGGAGGGCCGCUUCUCCGAAGCCAAAGCGCGGGAGAUCAAGGAGACGCGCGAGCUCCUAGCCGACGCGGAGGCGGCGCAGGAGAUGAACCGCCUCUGGGGCUCGGACAAGGGCGGGCGGGCAAGCCGCAACAAGAGUCGCGGCGUGAAGGUGGCCGAGAGCGACAGCAGCGAUGCGAAGGCGGGUAGCAGCCACCACAAUAGCGACGAUGACGAUGACGACGGGCAGGAGGAGACGCACAAAGGUGCCGGUGAGGGGGACGAGGACGAGGACGUGAGCUUUGCCGCUAGGCGGCGCAGAGCGCAUGCGGAUCUGGCUUUCCUGGGCGACGACAGCGAUUCUGAUUCUGGUUAA